GCCGCAAGCGCUUCAAGUGGCAGCUCUCAGUUCCACUCCAACCUACCCCGGACCGUAAGGAGUCAUCCGCCUCGGGGACAUUUACCGGUCUGCUCAGCUUCUACAGAUCAGCUCCAUACUUUCUCAUAUCAACAACAUUAACUCUAAGAGGAGUGCGAAAACAAAAUUCUUAAGAAACACGCCAUAAUGCUGCAAUGAUUGCUUCUUCCACCAGGUUAAUAAGGCGGCGAGGGCCUGCAGCCUCUACUAUUCUUCGAUCUUGGCCCUGUCACACCUCAUAUCGAUGCUUGUCUCAAUGGAGGGGCCCUAGACAAUCGCAUUGGAGUCAUGGAGGCACACGGAGCCGGCUGGUGACGAGACGGAGUUUACACUCCCCGAAAGUGUCGGAUGAUGAGAUUGCGACACUGGCUCGACAACAUCAACAUCCUCUGUGUCUCGCAGACCUCGUGAGACACGGCCGGCCUCCUCUAUCCUCCAAGUCCCUCCUCUCAUCCGCCAAUUUCGCCCUUUCUCUUCUUCCCGUGCGCCUCGCCCAUCGUAUCCAAGCGCUUCGCAACCUUCCUUACAUUGUCGUUGCGAACCCGAACAUCUCACGUAUAUACAACAACUAUCUCCAUUCUUUAUCGAUACUCCUUCCAUACUGGCACGCGACCCGUGAAGGACGACCAAUCUCGAAUCUCGAAGACGAGAUACGCUUCACGAAUGUACUGGCCGAGCUCGUUGCGACACACACCGAUACUAUCCCCAUUCUUGCAAAGGGCUUCCUCGAAUGUCGACGGUAUAUAUCUCCCGAAGAGGUCACGAAAUUCCUCGACCAGCACCUCCGCGCUCGAAUCGGUACGCGCCUCAUUGCGGAGCAGCAUAUUGCACUACAUUUCAGUUCUCAGCCGCACUUUGACCCCGAUGCUAGUCCAACACCGUGCCCUGAUGAUCCCUCGUACAUUGGAGUCAUCGACACAGCUCUUCGCCCUGCACAAAUAGUAGAGUCAUGUGCUGGCUUCGUCGCUGAUAUCUGUGAGCUUCGAUAUGGCGUCCGGCCUCUUCUCUAUAUUCAUGGCGAGCCAGACACCACAUUCGCAUUUGUCCCUAUGCACCUCGAGUACAUAGUUACUGAACUGCUGAAAAAUGCUUUCCGUGCUACAAUUGAGAACAAGUCUAACGAACCUGUAAUCGUCACGAUCGCACCAGAGCCUGCAUUGACUGAAGAGCCCUCAACAACAUCUUGGUCAAAUUCAUCGACCAAAGACAGCGAUUUGCCCUCAAAGGACAGCCGAAACGCCACCAAUAACGAUGCGAUAGUCCCUCUAGAUGAUAAUGCUCCUGGAGUGACGAUUCGUAUUCGCGAUCGUGGUGGCGGGAUACCACCAGAGGUCAGCCCGAAUAUCUGGUCAUACUCAUUCACCACCUUCUCCGACGACAUGGAUGACUUCCCAGGAGAUGGCAAUGGUGGCGACGGUCUCAGUGCGAUAUCAACUGCCAGCACUGGUGGUAGUUCCAUUGCAGGUCUGGGAUACGGACUACCUCUGAGCAGGGCGUACGCCGAGUACUUUGGAGGUGGCAUCGCGGUGCAGAGUCUAUAUGGAUGGGGAACGGAUGUAUACCUACGAUUAAAGGGCGUUGGAAACCUGGGUAAGAAGUAGUGGAGGCAUAUAGCAUUUGGUAUUGGAUAUCUAAGUCACAUACGAAGCCAUGGUUGAGUAACGAGAUGAAGUGGACAAUAAAGAACAUGAUUACAAAAUGAGGACGACACCAGAACGACCGACAGGAUCAUAUGAGUGAACGAUGUAGCAUGCAGGGAAUUUGGGCUAGAAAGAAGGAGAACAUUUACCAGGCAGAGUCAAGUUACUGACAUAUGAUUUUUCAAGAUGAAG